AUGCUCUCUAGAUUAACACGUCCUUUAACUAUUGAAAGACUUUUUUUGAUUGCUCGUGGGCCAACUCUUAAUCAAGCAUUAUUUAACGGCCGAUAUUUGUCAAAUGUAUCUUUUCCCGUUCUUCAUCUUCGUAAAAUCCCACAGGCCAAAGCAGGUUUCUGCUAUCGUUUUUCCUCCACAAGCAACGAGAAGCCACCUGACGCUCCUUCAGGGUCAGAUAGUGGUGCGAGUCCAACUGACAGCCAUUCGUCGGGCAUGCCCCCGCAGCACCCUUUUGCACUUUCCACUCAGAAUGUUCCCGAAAUCUUUCCCUGUGUUCCCAUCAUCUCAAUUACUGGACCUCCCUUGUUUCCCAAAUUUGUAAAGAUGUUGGAGAUUACUGACCAGUCAUUGAUGGAACUCAUUCGCCGCAAGAUGAAGUUUAACCUGCCCUACGCUGGCGUGUUUCUAAAGAAAAAUCCGUCCGACACUUCUGAUGUGGUCAAAAGCUUGGACGAACUCUAUCGAGUUGGAACAUUCGUUCAAAUACCUGAGUGGGAUGAUACGGGCACAAAGAUUCGCAUGCUCGUGAUUGGUCACCGCAGGAUCCAAAUCGUGAAAGCGGUUCCUGACGUUGCGGCUGAUGCUAAUGUUGCUUCGAUGUCAAGUGACGAAAAACCGAGAAAUAAGCGCAAUGGCCUGUUUCGUCGUGUUCGCAAAGCAGCACAUAUGGCUGGUCUGGCUGCAGAAGAGAUUCCCCCUGUGAAGGAGGUAGAAAGGGAGGAGACGUCUGCUUCUACGCCAGAAUCGGCCUCGCUUUUGUCUGAGGAAGAGAGCCAGAACGAUGGGAGCGAUAAGCAAAAGUCUUCGUCACCGGGAAACCCUCUUAUGGUGGAGACAAUCAACGUCUACAACGAGCCUUAUGAAAAUACUCAGGAGAUCAAGGCGUUGAGUGCAGAGAUUGUUAAAACUAUUCGGGAUAUUAUCAACCUUAACCCAAUCUACCGAGAAAAUGUAUUGGCAAUGCUUCAAGUCGGUCAACGUGUGGUGGAUAACCCCGUCUACCUCAGUGAUCUUGGCGCAGCAAUAACGGCAGCUGCAGAGCCAGCCGAGCUACAAGCUGUGCUAGAGGAGACUCGGAUACCAGAGCGCCUUCGGUUAGCUCUCAGCCUGGUCAAAAAGGAGCUUGAGCUGGGUCGUCUCCAGCAGCAGAUUGGACAGGAGGUGGAAGAGAAGGUGAAAGCCCAGCACCGGAAGUACAUGUUGAACGAACAGUUGAAAGUGAUUAAACGAGAACUGGGUCUGGAAAAGGACGACAAAGAGGCCAUUGCAGAGAAGUUUAGGGCUCGUCUCGCAGAUCUAACUGUUCCGCAGGCGGUGGGUGAAGUUAUUGAGGAAGAACUGAACAAACUGGGCGUUUUGGAUAAUCACUCCUCGGAGUUCAACGUUACACGAAAUUACCUAGACUGGCUGACAAGUUUGCCCUGGGGUCUAACAAGCGAGGAAAAUCUUGACUUGGCUCGUGCACGCGUUGUCUUGGAUGAGGAUCACUAUGGAUUGGAUGAUGUCAAGAAACGCAUUCUUGAGUUCAUUGCUGUGAGCCAACUGAAGGGAACCACUCAAGGCAAGAUCAUCUGUUUCCAUGGUCCUCCAGGAACAGGCAAAACCAGUAUCGCCAGAUCCAUAGCUAGGGCUCUUAAUAGGAAGUAUUUUCGCUUCUCCGUUGGCGGUAUGUCCGAUGUCUCGGAAAUCAAGGGUCAUCGACGAACCUAUGUGGGUGCAAUGCCUGGCAAGAUCAUCCAGUGUUUGAAAAAAACACGAACCGAGAAUCCACUCAUUUUGAUUGAUGAAAUCGAUAAACUCGGCCGCGGUUGGCAAGGUGACCCCGCCUCCGCGCUUCUGGAACUCCUAGAUCCCGAACAAAAUGCCAAUUUCCUCGACCACUACCUAGACGUCACAGUUGAUUUGAGUCGUGUUCUCUUCAUCACAACAGCCAAUCAGGUGGAAGCGAUCCCGGAACCCCUGAGAGAUCGAAUGGAGCUUAUUGAGGUGGCCGGCUACGUAGCUGAGGAGAAGAUGGCCAUAGCUCAGCAAUACCUACUUCCACAAGCCGCUAAGUCGUCGGGACUGUCGACAGAACAAGUGAAAAUAACAGACGGAGCAUUGCAACGUCUAAUUAGGCAGUAUUGUCGAGAAUCUGGUGUGCGAAAUCUGCAAAAACAUAUUGAAAAGGUGCUUCGCAAAGCUGCCUACAAAAUCGUCAACGGUGAUGCAGAGACGCCGCUGAAAGUGGACGAUGACAAUCUUUCCUCUUUUGUGGGCCAGCCUAUUUGGAUAACAGAUCGGCUUUAUCCUCCUGUAACACCGCCUGGAGUUGUUAUGGGUCUUGCGUGGACGGCUAUGGGUGGAUCUGUCCUGUUCAUUGAAUGCACCAACAAGGAACCACUGUCGAAUAGUUCGAGCAGUGGUGACGCCGCAAAUGACAGCAUAAAAGGAAGUCUUCAACUGACCGGUCACCUCGGUGAUGUAAUGAAGGAGUCGGUUGCAAUCGCGCAUACCUUUGCCAGUAAUUUUGUAGUUUCUGACGAAGUAAUUCGUCAACGACUGGAGAAUUCUACAACCACAACAUCUCAUGCACAUAGAUUUCUUCGAGAUGCAAAAAUCCAUCUACACGUACCUCAAGGAGCGACUCCCAAGGACGGUCCUUCAGCCGGUAUCACUAUGGUUACAGCUCUCCUUAGUCUGGCCUGCAACCUUCCUGUGCGUCCUGAUUUGGCUAUGACUGGUGAAAUCAGUCUCACUGGAAAAGUUCUUCCAGUCGGUGGAAUCAAAGAGAAGGUCAUUGCGGCUAAGAGAGUUGGCGUGAAAACGGUGAUUCUGCCGGAGAUGAAUAGGAAGGACUACGAAGACCUAGCCGACUUCAUUAAGACUGACCUCGGGGUGCACUUUGUGCGCCACUACUCAGAGGUCUUCCCCAUCGCCUUCCCAGCACAGUAA